AUGGCUGUCCGCGCUCAGUUCGAAAACUCCAACGAAGUCGGUGUCUUCGCUACGCUCACAAACGCGUAUGCGAUUGUCGCAGUCGGCGCGAGCGAGAACUUUUACAGUGUCUUCGAAGCCGAACUCCAAGAUGUCAUUCCCAUCUGCCACGCCACCAUUGCUGGAACCAGAAUCGUUGGUAGACUGACUGCUGGUAACAAGAAAGGCCUCCUCGUCCCCACCACAACCACAGACCAAGAACUCCAGCAUCUCCGAAAUUCUAUACCCGACGAAGUCAAGAUUCAGAGGAUAGAAGAGCGACUAUCAGCCCUCGGCAACGUAAUAUGUUGCAACGACCACGUCGCUCUCGUACACCCGGAUAUCGAACGCGAAACAGAGGAGAUAAUAGCCGACGUACUGGGCGUUGAGGUUUUCAGGCAAACUAUCGCAGACAACGUGCUCACUGGUAGCUACAUGGCCCUCAGCAACCAGGGUGGUAUUGUGCACCCAAAGACAAGCAUUCAGGACCAGGAUGAGUUGUCGAGUUUGCUUCAAGUACCCCUAGUCGCUGGUAGUGUGAACCGCGGUAGUGCGGUCGUCGGUGCGGGUAUGGUUGUCAACGACUGGAUGGCUGUCACUGGUCUUGACACUACCGCGACCGAGCUCUCAGUCGUCGAGUCCGUCUUCAGGCUCGGUGAGGGCAACGGCCCCGCCAACAUCAACACCACCCACAAGGACGCCAUGGUCGAAUCUUUCUACUAG